CAGUUUUGUUUUUCUUCGCUUUGUUUUGCGUGUUUGUCGAAAUUCGUGAAAUAAAAACUUUUGGAAAAUUUGUAUUUUGUUACUUCAUCUAACAAAAUUUAUAUUUAAAAGUUGUGGUUGUCCAGUGUGUGUGUGUGUACAAAGUAUUAAAUAAUGGCUGCAGCACCAGCGGAAUUGUCGAUUGCAGAAAUAAGAAGCUACAUGCUCAAUAACGAUUCCAAGGUGACGAAUCAUGCAUUGGUUAAGCAUUUCAAGCACUUUCUCACCAAACCCGAAACCCAAAAUGAGGCGCGAAAGCUAUUUAAAGUUUAUGUGAACAUUUUAUCUACAAUAAAAAAUGAAAAUAAUCAAAAGUAUCUAAUAUUACGUAAAAAGUACAUAAAUGAACUGCCUCCCGAUGACGUUGUUCAGCGGGCAGUUGCCGCAGCAGGAGCGGAAGCAGUGCCUGGCAGUCCCGGUGGCGUGUCAUUGUUAUCGGAAAGCGCAGUUGCUUCGCCAAUGCGGCAGCCUCCGCCAUACGUGCCACCACCAGAAGUAACUACGCCAACACCCAACGCGAACUGUUGUUUAGAUAAAAUAGUCGAAGUAGCCACAAAAGAAACCAGUAAAGCCGCACAGGCAGUCUUCGCAAAGCCUGAAAUAGGGGCGUUGGAAGCUCGGAAAAAUCCGGAAGAAAAACAAGAGUUGGAAGUGGAAGAGCGUUUAAAAGGCAUUUCAAAGGAAGAGCAUCGGGGAAAUAAAGAAAACAUACCGCGCUUUUCGUUUUCCUCUGGUGACUCGGCAACAUCACUCAGCAGCAAGGAAGCAAUAGACUCAGAUGUCGAUCCCCCGGGCAAUAAUGUAAGCGUUAAAGAGGCUACUCGUAAAUUUAAUCGUCUCGUGUCGGAGGAGGAAGCAAAGGCCGCGGUGGUAUCGCCGUCCGCUAAAAAAAACUCGGAAGAAAACGAUGAGAAAUCGAAAGAGCAGAAACCGGCGCCCGAAGUAGUGACUAUGGCGCACAAAAAAGCGAAAGAAUGGAUUGUAGCCAUGGCCAAGGCUAACUAUCAGGAUCUGUCCAAGCUGGCCAAGGACUACCCCGAAUUGGUCAAAUUACACACCGCAUUGCAUUGGGCUGCCAAACAUGGGAACCAGGACGUCGUUAAACUAAUAGCGGGCACAUACAAGGCAGAUGUGAAUGCAAGAACGAAUGGCGGCUACACUCCAUUACACAUAUCCAUGCAAUUUGGGCGCGCUGAUGUUUUUGAGCUACUCGUCAAUGUUUACAAAGCCAAUCGUGAUCUGGUAGACUGGAGUGGCAAUAAACCAUUGGAUUAUAGCAAACAAAGCACCAGCGUUUCGGCGUCAACCUUCAGCAUGGACAACGCUGAGAUCGACAAAAUAUACGCACAAAUCGCAUGGUGUCUGUAUAAUGCCGCAAAAAUCAAGGCAAAGAAAAAAUCUGCAGCCGAAAAAGAUUCCGGGUUCCUUCGGAUUGGUUCUUUGAAUGUCCGAGUGAAGAAGACAACCGAAGCGUUCAGCAACUUCUUGGGAGUGGGCAAUGGUCAUACACUCUCGCAGGCGGGAGCAGCAAGUCGCCUUCACCAGCGAUCUCACCGACACCAUCAGCAAGAUCAUCAUCAUCAGCAUCAUCCUCCCGGUGGUAUGACUGCACGGAAUCCGAUGAUGAUGAUGAUGAAGACGAAACAAUUAGGAACUGAAACAACUAUAAGCAGCAAAAGUAGUAGUAAAAGUAACAACAAAAAACAAAGUGUUUCCUCGCGUGCCAGUGUUCCUGUCAAUAUGAAUAGUUUAACGAGUAAAUUUGAAAAGUUGCACAAAUCAUGGGGCUCUGCCGACAAUAUACAAAAUAACGAAGACGAACGACGAGACGACAAAGCGAUUAUGCCACCACCGAAAAAUAUUGAUUCGUUUGUGAAGAAGAGGCAAAAACCGAUAGCAACACCAACAAUGCGCUCAUCGGUUACAUCGUCCCUGGUAACAGAUUCUCCACGCGAUUCCAUUUCAUCAUCGAAUUCCAGUACGAAUGUGAUUUAUGGCUACAGUAGUAUGCCUACGACGCCAAAUCAAAAACGAGCGCCUAUAGGUCGAGCGCCAUCCGAUAUGUUAAUGGACUCUGACUCGGAUUCCGCCUGUGGUUUUGAUGCGAAUUGGGCAAUGAGUGGUCGAACUUCGGUGAGCAGUGGAAAUUUGCAAGCUCCUCAGUGUUAAGUUGUACAUAUACAUAUGUAUAUAUAUAUAUGCUUAAAUACAUACAUACAUAUGUAGUUGAUAUUUUUAAAAAU